AGAGGUUACCGGAAGUUGUAGCGGCUGCCAUGUUUAGCUGCUUUGUUGUAGAUUUCUUGUAGGUUUCCUGCAGAUUUUUAAGUGUUGCAAUGGAGUCGAGCUGGAGUACAUUUUUUUUACAGCAGGCAAACGAGGCUCUCCACCACCAGCACCAGGUGGCCCAGAGCGGCCUCCUGCCCCUACUCAGUGCAGGAGCCGAGCAGCAAGACCAGAAGCCCGUCCUGCCCAUCCCACUGGAUCAGAAGCCUCCGGCCAGCGCCGCAGAGCUUCUGAAGGACAACGUGGCCAGUGGGACGGGGGGCGGGGGUGGUGGAGGGGGUGGCGGAGGAGGGGGAGGCGGUGGCGGAUCUGGCGGGCCUAUGGCUGUGGUGAAGAAGGAGCCAAAGACCAAAACGCCCUUCGUCUGCGGCUACUGCAACAAGGCCUUCCGGGACAGCUACCACCUGCGGAGGCACGAGUCCUGCCACACAGGCGUCAAGAUGGUGUCGCGGCCCAAGAAGGCACAGCCUGCCCCCACUAUGGUGCCACUCAUCUCCAGUGUGCCACGCGAGGGGGCCAACCCCUCCUACAUUUCCACCAUCGCCGGCAUCCUCACCACAGCCACUACGUCGGCCUCUACAGGCUCCAGCGUCAUGUCCGCCGCCGCGGCCGCCGCUGCUGCCUCUGGCAUGGCUCCCCCACCGCAGCAGCAGCCCAGCGCCCCCAAGAAGCCGGCCAAGCCUGUCAAGAAGAACCACGGCUGCGAGAUGUGCGGCAAGGCCUUCCGCGACGUCUACCACCUGAACCGCCACAAGCUGUCUCACUCGGACGAGAAGCCCUUCGAGUGCCCUAUCUGCCAGCAGCGCUUCAAGCGGAAGGAUCGCAUGACUUAUCACGUCCGCUCGCACGAUGGAGGCGUGCAUAAGCCCUAUGUGUGCUCAGUCUGUGGGAAGGGCUUCUCCAGGCCCGACCACCUCAGCUGUCACGUGAAACACGUCCAUUCCUCGGAGAGGCCUUUUAAGUGCCAAGUGACGGCCUGCACUUCCGCCUUCGCUACCAAAGACAGGCUCCGCUCCCACAUGAUCCGGCACGAGGGGAAGGUCACCUGCAACAUCUGCGGCAAGAUGCUCAGCGCCGCCUACAUCACCAGCCACCUGAAGACCCACGGCCAGAGCGGCUUCAGCUCCUCUUGUAACAAAGACAGUAACGAGGUCUGCAAUUCAGCCUCAGCCACUCCCGUAACGGUCUCUGCCCCCAUUACCACGGCGAUGAACCGUGGCAGCGUCAGCAGCAGCAACCCCGUUACCAUGGCGGCGCAGAUGAACAUUGCCACCAACACGGUCAACAUCACCUCGCCGAUCAACCUGCAGCAUCCGGUCACCAUCACGGCGCCGGUCAACAUCGCCUCGGUCAACAUCCCGGCGACCGCGCCCAUGAACAUCGCCCACCCAGUAGCCAUCACCACGCCGAUGCCCAUGAACAUCGCCACCCCCCUCAACAUCGCCAUGAGGUCUAUGGAGAGCAUGCCUUUUCUGUCCCAAGUCCUGCCUUCCUCUCCUCCCUGGUAAACUGGGCCCAGUCUUCUUGUCCUUUGCCCCCCAUACCUACACACCCCUCAUUGACCCAGCUUGCUUUGCUGGUUCCUCCACCAAGUCCCACUCCUGUCCUACAGUUACACGGUUUACUUAGAGCAGAGAGUCUGCCCCGGCGGUCCGGCGCCGCAGCACAGAAAGCUGUACUUUUUUUCCCAUUUGAGUUUAUUUAGAAGGACCUCUGACCUAGAAAUAGAGAGAUAGCAAUGAUGUAAUACAUUGAGAAUAGGCAGAUCUAGCUGGGCAUCAGGCUGAGGCUCCUCCCCCCCC